AUGAACGGAAGGAGUUGGGUGGCGCUGUGCUUGCUGGCGCUGUGCGUGGCCGUGGCGUCGGCGGUGGUGGAGUCGGACCUGCGGCCUUCGUUCGUGGGCCACAGGGUGCUCCGCUUCGGGCUGGCGGACGACCUCGACGGCGAGCAGCGGCUGAGGCUCGGCGCGGCCGUGCGGGCUCUCGGGCUCGAUCUGUGGGCUGAGCACCCGGAGUGGGCCGACGUGCAGGUGCCCGACGUCCUCCUGCCCCAGGUCGACGCUCUCAACAUCCCCUACACCGUCAUGAUCGAAGAUCUCCAGGCUCUUGUCGAUCUCGAGCGCUUCAGCAUCCAGCGGGCGACGAACGACUCGUUCUUCGGCGGCUUCCGCACGCUGGACGAGUUCAACAACUUCAUGGCCACGCUGGCCAAGCAGUACCCCGACCUCGUCACCCAGAUCACGAUCGGCAAGAGCGUGGAGGGCCGCAACAUCAACGGCAUCAUCAUCACCUCCCAGAAGAAGACCACCGGCAAGGCGGGAAUCGUGUACAACGGAGGCCAGCACGCUCGCGAGUGGAUCAGCCCGAUGACCAACGCCUGGAUCGCCAACCAGCUCGUCACCCUCUACGGCAAGGACGCGCAGAUCACCAACUUUGUUGACAACAUCGAGUGGACCAUCAUCCCCAUCGUCAACGCCGACGGCUACGUCUACACCUGGACCACCGACCGCAUGUGGAGGAAGAACCGCCGCAUCAACAAGGAGAGCUGGUCUGGUUGCGUCGGUGUCGACACCAACCGCAACUGGGAGUUCCACUGGAACGAGGGCGGUUCCAGCUCCAACACUUGCGCUGAGGACUACAUGGGUCCCAAGGGCUUCUCCGAGCCCGAGGAGACCGCGCUGGCCUCCUACAUCAAGUCCAGGGGCAACGUGCUCGGCUACAUCGACUUCCACUCUUACUCUCAGCUGUGGAUGACUCCUUGGGGCUACACCAGCGCUCUGCCCAAGGACUACCCGGACCUGCUCCAGGCCACCAAGGAGUGCGUGAGCGCGCUCUCCGCCGUGUACGGCACCAAGUACCAGUACGGCAACAUCGCCACCACCAUCUACCCCGCGUCCGGCUCGUCGGUCGACUGGACCUUCGGCGUGGCCAACGUCACGUACUCGUUCGCCGUCGAGCUCAGGGACACCGGUCGUUACGGCUUCGUGCUGCCGCCGAGCGAGAUCGCCCCCACGGGCGAGGAGACCUUUGCUGCCGUCAGGGCCAUGGCCGCCUACAUCCUCAAGAAGCUGUAA